AAAAUAACUUAGUUUGGUCCAGAUUGAACGGAGAUUUCAUUACUGUUUUCGUUUUACGGGAACUACAGGGUGGUCUUUUUAAUAUAGUCUACUCUUUUUUUGGCGAUUUUUUUUAUCAGAACAAUUUAGAGUUAAAUUCACUGAUUUUUUUUUGUGUUAGACUACGUGGUUGCACACUGUCUACAUCAGUUACCGCAGUGGAGAAUUUAGCAGCGGACAAAAUGGCGGCCAUAAUUUGUACUGCCCGGAGAAAUGCGGAGAAGCGUGAUUUCAGAGACACGCACAUCAAAACCAUUGCGCGGGCCCCAUGGUAGAUGGAAGAAAACAUCGCAAUAGAUUGCACAAUAUUAUUUAAAUGUCAUACGUAAUGUUCUAGUAGGCCAACUGUAGGAAGGUUUUAAGAUGGAUUACGAGGCAGAGCAUGUUUGUCCGUAGGUGUGGCUGGAUCUUUAUUUGCGGCUGCCUUUUCUACCGUUUAGCGUGGGAACAGGAGAUAUGCUUGGACAUCGACUUUUGUCUAAGGACUUUUCGGUUGAUUACUGUACUCUUACUUUUCAGAAAUCACUUGCGUGUCUGAGGUGGGAUUACAGAUUGCCCUACGUUAGUCGUGAUGGAUGGGAGGUGUAACCACUACCACUGAUCAUGUUAUAUGAGUGACGCAAGUGUGUUGUGGCCAAUGGAAUGCUACUGUGUGGAAGUGGUAUACUUAUUACACUGGGUGGGGGCGGUGUCGCGCCAUUUCGUUAAGACUGGCAGCCGGACGGGUGCGACACUACUGGCUAGUCGUCUGGAUACAGUACGGGUUUGAACGGCUGUGUAAUCUCAGUUCAUCUGAAUGGAAACAACCAUUAACACACCUAUGGAAAGGCUGUUGGGUGAGAUUUUCUUCACAGACACAAGGAAGGAAUUUGAAGAUUUGUACGGUGGGACAGAUUUUAACAUCAGGUUAAAUGGGAACAGCAGUAAUGGGAUAAUUGGCCGUCUGGGAGAAUCCGCACCAGGAAAACGCAUAAGAAAACCUUCCCUCCUCUAUGAAGGGUUUGAAAGUCCCACCAUGACUUCUAGUAUGCCAGUUAUCCAACCAGCAUUUACAAAUCCGCCACCUCCAGAGGUGUCUAAUCCAAACAAACCAGGUCGAGCUACCAGUCAGCUGCAGUACCUACAGAAAGUGGUUAUGAAAACAUUGUGGAAGCAUCAUUUCUCUUGGCCAUUCCGUCAACCUGUAGAUGCUGUAAAGCUGAGCUUGCCGGACUAUUACAAGAUAAUUAAGAAUCCUAUGGAUAUGGGAACAAUUAAGAAGCGUUUGGAGAACAAUUACUACUGGACUGCUAAUGAAUGCCUUCAGGACUUCAGUGCUGUGUUCACAAACUGCUACAUUUAUAAUAAGCCAACUGAUGACAUUGUCCUGAUGGCACAGACACUGGAGAAAAUGUUUUUGCAGAAAGUGGCCCAGAUGCCCCCUGAAGAGAUUGAACUGCCUUCCCAAAUUCUGAAAAGUAGACCUGUCAAAGGAAGAAAGAUUGUAACAGGUACACCUAUGGGUAUGGCUACUUUUCAACAAGUUCCUGCUAUAUCCUCCAUGUCGAAGCCUAUGUAUUCUUCACCAAAGUCAGAGGUAGCCACAGCAGUGUUUUCUGUGCCUCACACAACAGUUCUGGCUCCAGUUGCAGGAAAAUCUGUUUCACCUCAACAGCCAGUUUUGCCAGUGCCAUUAGUACCUGUUCCAGCAAAGAAAAAGGGAGUUAAGAGAAAAGCCGAUACAACAACACCAACUACUACUUCAAUUAUGCUAACAAGCGGGGAAUCUUCUCCAAUCAUGAUAGAUGCAAAACCAGCUAAGAUCCCUGUCAGACGGGAGAGUGGAAGACCUAUCAAACCCCCUAAAAAAGACCUCCCAGAUUCUCAGCAGCACCAAACAUCAAAAAAAGGGAAACUGUCAGAACAACUGAAGUACUGCAAUGGAAUUCUUAAAGAGCUGUUGUCCAAGAAAUAUGCUGCCAUUGCUUGGCCUUUCUAUAAGCCUGUUGAUACUGAAAUGCUUGGCCUUCACGAUUAUCAUGACAUCAUUAAACACCCCAUGGACCUCAGCACCAUCAAAAAAAAAAUGGAUAACAGAGAAUAUGCUGAUGCCCAGGCCUUUGCAGCUGAUGUUCGACUAAUGUUUUCAAAUUGUUACAAGUAUAACCCACCUGAUCAUGAUAUUGUAGCCAUGGCCAGGAAAUUGCAGGAUGUAUUUGAAUUUCGUUACGCAAAAAUGCCAGAUGAACCAGAGCAAAAACCUACUCCUCCUGUAACCACAGUAGUUCCCCCUGUUGUAACAAAGUCCUCUUCUGAGUCCUCCAGUGAUAGCAGCAGUGAGAGUUCUUCAGAAAGUGAAAGCUCUGAUUCUGAAGAGGAAAGGGCGAAUCGCCUUGCAGAACUACAAGAACAGUUGAGGGCUGUGCAUGAGCAGCUGGCAGCUCUUUCCCAGAACCCUAUCUGCAAACCAAAAAAAAAGAAAGACAAAAAAGACAAAAAGAAGAAGAAGAAAUUGGAGAAGCACAAAUUAAAAAUUGAGGAGGAGGAAAAGCUAGUCAAAGUCUCAAAAUCCAAGUCCACACAAAAGAAAUCUUCAAAGAAAUCCUCUGGAAGUUCAUCAGCAAACAAAAAUUCAAAGAAAUCUGCAAAACCAUUCUUGCCUCCAGCUUAUGAUUCGGAGGAGGAGGAGGACUGCAGGCCAAUGUCUUAUGAUGAGAAGCGACAGUUGAGUCUGGACAUUAAUAAACUACCAGGUGAAAAACUUGGUAGGGUUGUGCACAUUAUACAAUCAAGGGAGCCGUCACUUCAGGAUUCCAAUCCAGAGGAGAUUGAGAUAGACUUUGAAACAUUAAAACCAUCAACCUUGAGGGAGCUGGAGCGAUAUGUGAUGUCUUGUUUACGGAAAAAGCCCAGAAAACCUUACAUUAAAAAAACAGUAGGAAAGACUAAAGAAGAACUAGCAAUGGAAAAGAAGAAAGAGUUGGAAAAAAGACUACAAGAUGUCAGUGGCCAGCUAAACUCUGUUAAAAAAUCUACAAAGAAAGUGAAUGAAAAAGCGGAGUCUGCACAGCAACAGCAUGUAACUGCUUCUCGUCUCAGUGCCAGUAGCAGCAGUUCAGACUCUGACAGCAGCAGCUCAACAUCGAGUUCAUCAGACACCAGUGACUCAGAAUCUGGCUAGAAAAGAAAAAAAAAACUUUUAAGACUUGAUCAGAGAAGGGCAGAGUGAAUUUAAAUCUGUAUUAUGGUGGAGCAGCAUUGUGGUUCGGAUUGGAUCUGCAGGACCGGACCAUGUAUGAACCAGAGUGUAAAGAAGAUGUAUGCAUUUAUAUCACAUAUAAAAAUACAUAUUGUCACUGCGCCGCCUUAUUGCAUGGUCAGUAAGACUUGGAUUAUGCAACUUGAAAGAUGCUGCAUUCUAGGAAAGCUGCAAGGCUAAGUGGUUGAUGACUGAAGAUGCUGAUCCCCUCCUUUGUCUUGUACCCACCAGCAUGUAUUGUUAGAUUAAGGGUCAUUUUGGCUGAUAGACCUUUCAGGUAUGAGAUCUCACCGGUGUUCUGGUUCUUUUAAAGAAUAGGUUGGCGAGAUGAAGGGAUAGUGAAGUCAUCGGGGUUGCAGAUUAUUUUCCAUAGAGCAGAAUUAUAUUCUUGUGUAGGAUGCUAUCUAUAUUUCUUUUAUAAAGAAGUGAUAACGGCAAAGUACCUUCUGAUAAGUAUUCAGUAGAUGAGGUCUGCUGACAUCUUGAGGUUUGGUUAAAUCACUACCAGUAUGUAAACUGAUGUACAGGCCAGCUUAUUCCAGUUCUUGCAUUUAAAGCAAAUGUGUAGUCUUUGAAUUAUAAGGAUUUAGUUUCGUACAUUGUUUUGGGGUCUUAGAGAUUGCCUUUCCAAGCGAUAUAGAAAAAUCGGGCUACAAGUUACUGUAUAUUUGGGCAGGCAAAAUAAACCAAAGCUGCAUUACCAGUAUUUUGUAUUUAUCUCUGCAAGUGUAGUUUGUUCAUUGAUUGACCUGCUCCUUUUGUUACCAGUAGUCAACAUCCCACGUGUAUAGCAGCUCAUUUGUUUUGUUUUUUUUAAGCACCAUUGUAAGUGACACGUGAAUUUUAAAAUAUCAAAGUAACUUUAUGUUGUGAAUGCCCUGCUUGAGUCACAGAACUGAAGACCUAAUCUAUGAUGGUCAUCUUAUGGCUCUUUAUAACUGCAUGACAUGUUGAGACUUUUUUAUUUUGCCAGUUCCGUAGUUAAGUAGUAUAUUUGCCUUUAAAAAUAGCACUAAAAGUGUAGUAACUGGUUUCUAUUAAGAACCCUUUUCUUCAAACUCUGGCAUUGGUCUUUGAGAGAUCAUGUAAUGCGUAACAUUUUUGUCAGUAUAAUAUUCAUAAUAGUGAGAAUCUUAGGACAGUGGAUUAGUGGUGCAAAGCAGCAAGAACACUUCUAAAAGUUGCACCUGAGCAACUUUGGUUCAAUUUCUUCACAGUUUAGUAGUGUAGUUGUCACUACAAAGGGUUUUAUAUGGAUGAGAUUUGGUCUCAUUGGUUAUUUUAAAAUUUGGGAGUAGAAGUGUUUUGUGCCAGCCAUCCAGCUUGAAUAAAGCCGACAGCAUCUAGACAUGCAGCUGAUUCUGUAUGAAGAUGAUUUUGAAUGCGUUUUUCAUGAUGACGCUCUUUUGGAGAGGGCUGUGCAUCUGUUAUUUUAAUAUAAAAUUUGACUGACUUCCCUUUUUAUUCCAGGGAAUAUGUUUUUGUUUAAAACAUCAACAUGUUUGGAGAUUGUAGUACAGUUUACUUAAACUGUUGUAGUUGAGAAGUAUACCUAGUUUGGGGCUGCAAACUGAGCAUUUGUUCCAAUAACAAAAAAUACAGUUCCCAUAAUCUGGAGUUAGGACUUUUUUGCCAAAGUUGGGGAUUUCAAAUGGUGUUUGGUAUAAUCUUAUUUAUGACAGUUCCCUUUUAUCCCAAAAAAGAAUUUCAGCAGUGUCACAAAGCAGUUGGUUACAAGUUAAGUGGAAUUCAUGCCUUUUUUUACCUUCAAUUUUUGAGGUUUUUAUUUAUUUUAGAUGCAUUUUUGUUUUAUAAUGUAAAAUUGAACACAAUUGCCUGUUGAUACGGGCAUGUAGAUUAAAAUUUUAUGAAAAAGUGUAAAUAUAUAUAAAUAUAUACUUGUUUAUAAAGUUGCACAGUUGAAUAGCAUGUUACUUUAAUGUAAAGUUUUUUUUUGUUUUGCUUUUUUUUACGUUUAAUCUGACUUUUCUAUUGUCUGUUCAUUUGUUCCUAUUCUUACAGAACUGACCUGUCAGGUUGUAUUUGUUUACUGUAUUUGUUAAAAGUACAUUAUUUCUGAAGACAUGUAAAUAAAUGAAAGAUACUGUGACUCUAAAGUGUAA